AUGGGAAUUGCCAACACGAAACACAGAUUAUUCUCCAAUAACGAUGACACCCCAGCUACACCGCCUCCUCCGCCUCCGCCGCCUCCGGUUGAUAACCAGAAGGCAUUGACGACGACGGCAAAGAAGAAUCAAAACCAGGUGGUACCGAAAAGAUCGCCACUUUUGGCGGUUUACGCCCUAACUCCUACGACGCGAGGGUUCUUCAGGAGGCCGUUUGCACCGCUGUCACCGGCACAGCACAUAAAGGCGGUUCUGGCACGGUGGCAUGGGACGUCCAAGGCCAAUGCGACGGCGGCAGCGGCGGCUGAAGGGGAGGAGGGGGAAGAGAAUGUGAGGCUGAACAAGAAUUUUGGGUUUUUAAAGCAUAUUAGGCGUAAAUAUGAGUUGGGGGAUGAGGUUGGCAGAGGUCAUUUUGGGCAUACUUGUAAAUCUAAGUUUAAAUAUGGGGAACUUAAAGGUCAACAAGUCGCAAUCAAGAUUAUUCCAAAGUCAAAGAUGACAACAAGUAUUGCGAUUGAGGAUGUAAAACGGGAGGUAAAGAUACUAAGACUUUUGACAGGGCAUAGCAAUCUAGUAACAUUUUAUGAUGCAUACGAGGAUCAUGAUAACGUCUAUCUCGUUAUGGAGUUAUGUGAAGGAGGGGUACUUUUGGACAGAAUAAUUGCAAGGGGUGGGAAAUACACUGAAGAUGAUGCGAGGAAAUUAAUGAUACAAAUGUUGACUGUCGUUGCAUUUUGUCAUCUACAAGGUGUGGUUCAUCGGGACCUAAAACCCGAGAACUUCUUAUUUGCAUCCAAAGACGAAGAUGCCGAAUUGAAGGCCAUAGAUUUCGGUUUGUCGGACUUUGUCAACCCAGAGGAAAGACUGGAUGACAUAGUUGGAAGUGCAUACUAUGUUGCUCCAGAGGUUCUACAAAGGUCAUAUGGUACGGAAGCGGAUGUAUGGAGCGUGGGCAUUAUAGCGUACGCCCUUUUGUGUGGUAGUCGUCCCUUUUGGGGUCGUACCGAGUCAGGGAUCUUUCGAGCUGUUCUUAAAAACGAACCAACUUACGAUGAUGCCUCUUGGUCUAAUCUAUCCAUCCUCGCUAAACACUUUGUUAAAACCUUAUUGAAUAAGGAUCCUAAGAAACGAUUAACCGCUGCACAAGCAUUGUGUCAUCCAUGGAUUAGAAAUGGUAACCAAGUCAAGAAAGCACCCUUUGAUAUAUGGAUACCCAAGUUUGUGAAACGUUAUAUCUGUUCAUCCAAUCUGCGGAAAUCUGCUUUAAGGGCUCUAUCGAAGACCUUAAAUCAACAUGAGUUGGUGUACUUGAAGGAGCAGUUUUCGUUGUUGGAGCCGACAAAAGGAUACAUUAACGUCGAAAGUUUCAAAACGGCGGUGACGAAAUACGCUACUGGUGCAAUGAAAGAGUCUUGUAUCAAUGAUUUCUUAGAAUCGGUUUGUAAGCUUCAAUAUAAGAAGAUGGAUUUUGAGGAGUUCUGUGCAGCUACUGUUCGGGUCCAUCAAAUAGAGGGUCGGGAUGGAUCCGAAGAACAAAUUCGUGCAGCUUAUGAUAUAUUUGAGAGAGACGGUAACAGAUCCAUUAUGGUCGAAGAACUCGCUUCUGAACUGGGUCUUGGGCCAUCAAUUCCGGUUCGUGACGUGUUGGACGACUUGAUUCGGCCAACCGAUGGGAAGCUUACUUACCUUGGAUUCGUCAAAGUGUUGCGCGGUCAUGUAUCGCUAAAGUUCAGUAAUACAUAUAAUCAUAGGAUCAAUCCUUUGAAUGGGAUCAAACUUUGGCCAAGGACAAAUUUUGCCAAACUUUCCCCCCCAAAGUCUAGACGCAUGCCUGGCAGACCUACAAUAGCCAGAAGGAAAGAUGCAAGUGAAGGAAGUAGUCACACUAGAAGAAAUGCACAUGGCCAUGAAGCUGUAGCCAAAUCGGGGAGAAAGAUGACUUGCAGAAAUUGUUUGGAGAUUUCACAGGUUAGUUUUGAGACGAGUAUACCAAUUGCUAUUGGGGAAGGGCAAGUUGAUAGAGGUGAUGCGCAAAUUCCUGAUGAAGUUCGAUCAGUUCCAUAG